AUGGCUCUUGCAGCCGCACCACCGCCGCUCCUGGUAACGGCUGGCCCCAAGCAGGUGGCGCGUGGCUGGUCUUUCCCUGCACGCUCCACCCGGGCGGCCCAGGGAUCAGAAGGAGCAGCAGCCACCAGCGUUGCGGUCGUGGGCGCUGGCCCGGUGGGGCUUCUCACAGCUCUAGCUCUUGCUCGUCGCGGCUUCCGCAAGGUUCGGGUGCUCGAUCGCUUGCCGGAGCCGCCCGCGCCAGAUGCUUCGGUCUGGGGCGAUCCGGACCGCUCCUACAACCUUGGGAUAGGAGGCCGCGGACAGCGGGCCUUGAUCAAGUUCGGCGCUUUUGACCGCGUGGACAGGUGGAGCAAGACGGUGGUUGGCCGCAAGGACUGGUCCGGUGAAGGCGAGCCCAAAGUGACCAUCAACAAGCGCCGGUUCCUCACGAAGGUCAUUGCACGUGAUCGCCUCUCAAGCUGCUUGUACGAGGAGCUUCGUGAGUCCUAUCCUGAUGUGGAGGUGCAAUUCUCCACUGAAUGCACCGGCGUGGACUUCGCCCACCCGCGGCCGCGCCUCUCCCUGCGGAACUGCACCGCUCAAGAGGCGGAGGAGGGAUGA